CCGUUGCCACAUGACUAUCGAUGCAGAUAGAGGUGACACAUUCUAUGAAGUUAUUGCCAACACCUAUGCUAUCACGAACAACAGUGUCCUUACUGUCGACUUUUCGCCGAUUUCGCCCAAUCUACCAGUCGGUUAUGUUAGCAGGGUUAUCCGUAAUAAGAACCUCCACAACUUUGAGUAUUCAUCUGAGGGAUCUGGAUGCCGCCAUUGGAUUUUUCUGGUAAUUCAGCAACUCGAGGUGGCGAACUACCUCGCUGUAGGAAGUGCUGGUCGGCUUUGGUCUUAUUUACACAGCUUUUGGGAUCUUGUUCAAGAUGAUACGGGCAAUAUGCAACCCCGUAGCCAGCCAUCACAAUUUGUUUACGGGAUCGAGCAGUGAACGUCGUAUACAAUAUGGCUCUUUCUGGGCCCAGAUGAAGUUCAUGAUGUAUGGCCAGCGACUGAUUUCAACACAGUUUUUUGAAGGAUUACCCUCUGUGCUCUGUUGGAGUAUAUUGAAUGUGUUUAGUCGUAUCACGUACUCAUGUCAACCACUUCUUGGACCCACCCAAAGUGCGGCCUUCCCCGAACUCGAUGGGCUCUGUACUGUAUUUAGUUUUUAAUAAUGAAGACGUACGCAAG